UUAUGAUUAGAGAUAGGCUAAUAAUUAAGCAGUCUUAUAGACUAUAACGAUAAAACGCUCAAUUAAAGGUAUUCAAUCCGUCUUAUAGUAGACCCACUUGUCCCAUAGAAAAGUGGCCUGUCUUGUCUGUGGUUGACCGCGAGGUAUUCAGGACCCGAUGAGAGAGUUUUAGUGUGCCGCUGGCUGAACAAUCCUUCGUGCUUCGCCGAUGGCUUGCCUUGCGACACCCAUCGUCCGUCCGUCCGCUACUGCUGUAGAUAACGGUACGGAUACGGAUAGCAGUUGCAGAUUUGGUGCAGCGUACUGUGCUCCGGAGCAGCAUUGCAUCGCCACGUAGUACCAUACCUGUACCCGUACUCCCACACACGAGCCGCAUCGCAUCGCAUCGCAUCGCAUCGCAGCUCGCCUCGCCUCGCCAAGCAUGGGCAAGCGAGAGCACCGGUGAAGAAGGCAACAGAGUCGUCGUGAUCCUGUUCGGGAGGUAACUCCUUCUCCACCGAAGCGGCCUGCCAGUUGCGCCUGAGUGUGUGUGCCUGUGCCUGUGCCUGUGCCUGUGUGCCUCCGCCUGUUCUCUCACAAUCCUCUGCUCUGCCAUCCAUCGCUCACUGUCCCACUCCGCCCUGCUGCUUCCAAUCCAUCCCCAUGCCUCCCUCCUCGACCUUCCUCGCCCGCUGCCUUCUCCUGCCCACUCCGCUGCUGUCGUACAUGCUCCACGUGAGUGCACUCCGCUUUAUCGAGCCGCGCCACCACGACACCACCUCCGCCUCCGCCUCCACCUCCACCUCCAUCCCCGCCCCCAUCUCCAUCAAUCCAGACCAGAAUUGGGACGGUAUUGAUGGCCCCUGGAACUCCUUCACUCUGCGCGUCGGCACUCCUGAGCAGACGGUGCGCACAUUGCUCUCCUUCGCCUCCUACCAGACCUGGGUAGUGUUGCCGGAAGGAUGUCAGGCGGCCGCGUCGCAAGCCGCAUGCGCCGAGUCGAGAGGGAGUUUGUUCUACAAGAACGAAUCGUCAACGUGGGAUGAGCAGGGUAUCUACGAUUUGUGGAUAGAGAAGAACCUGGACUACAACGGCAAUGCCAUCUACGGCUACGACACAGUGGCACUCGGUGGCAUAGGCGAAGGCGGCCCAAUCUUGAAAAACACCACCGUUGGAGCUUUAGCCGUCGAGGACUUCUACCUGGGAGUACUCGGUGUCAACCCCAAGCCAACAAACUUCACCACCUUCAACCAUGGCUCGCCAAGCUACAUGACCCUGCUCAAGGAACAAAAUUACAUCCCGAGUCUCUCUUUUGGAUACACCGCUGGAGCUCAGUACCGAUUCACUGGCGUUCUUGCCUCAUUAACGCUGGGAGGCUACGACAGCAAUCGCUUCAUCGACAACAAUGUCACCUUUCGAUUCGCCGCCGAUAAUGAGCGCGACAUUGUCGUGGCUAUACAGGACCUUACCACACCCUCGCAGAUCUCCUCCAAUCCCACAGCUACCAAGCUGCUGCCCUCCCCGGUCUAUGCAUACAUCGACAGCACCGUACCUGGAAUCUGGCUUCCCAUAGAAGCCUGCAGAGCAUUUGAGCUCGAGUUUGGUCUCGUGUUCGACAACGACACACAGCUUUACCUUGUCAAUGAUACCCUGCACGAUUCUCUCUUGGACCGGGAUGCUAACGUCACAUUUACGCUCGCCCAAGCUUUCACCGGUGGCCCGACAGUACAAAUCACGCUGCCAUAUGCGGCCUUCGACCUGACCGCGAAGCCUCCGUUCCAAGGACCGGACUCCUCGAGCGCUGUUUCAAAUGACACCAAUUACUUUCCCCUUUUCCGCGCUCAGAAUGACACCCAAUACACCCUGGGAAGGGCGUUCAUGCAAGAAGCAUACAUCUCUGUUGAUUGGGAGUCUGCAAUAUUCAACGUGUCUCAAGUUGCAUGGACCGAGAAUGCCGAAAAACAUCUGGUUCCCAUCAUUCCAAGCUCGGAAAGUCCUGGGGCACGAUCGAGCGCUUCUGGAGACGACCAUAAAUCCAGCCGUCUGAUGCCCGGUGCCAUUGCCGGCAUAGCUGUAGGCGCAGUGGCCGUACUUGCGCUCCUUGGAAUCCUGCUCAUGUUCUACUUCCGAAAGAAGAGGCAGGCUGCAGUUAAGCGCAUUGAGAGUGAGAAGCUAUCGGAUGACGCGUCAACAUCCGCAGCUGCAACGGUGCUCAGCGGGGAGCGGAACAGUGCUUAUCAGAAAGCGGAACUGGAAGGAUCCUCUACACCCUCAGGACCGUUCAGCGACCGCCAUAGAUUGACGUCUUCGACAAAUGGCUCCGUCAGUGAAGACACCCCUCACUCGAUGACCGUAUCUUAUAAUCCUGGUUAUUACAUGACGACUGCCGGCGCAUCAACCCCUUCGUCGCCAUCUGCAGCGGAAGGAACUCAUUCGAGAACGCAGAGUGGCAGCUUCUCCCUCAUGUCGCCCUUAUCUGCAACUGCCAGCGAGGCUGACAGUAAAGAGCGGAAAGUUUACGAAAUGCCCGGAGACAUGCCUGCCAUUCGUGAGAAGGAUGGCCGAGCACUGAGCGAAAAGGAGGCGAUUCAACGUCGCGAGCAGCUCUACAAUGGAAUCGUCUCGACAACCCCAACAUCAUCGGAGCACCCUCGAGAAGGACUCCGCGAGCCCAGACGUGUGAAUCCCGAGGAGAUCGUGCAAAGAAGCAUCGACCCCGAACCUCGAGACACGGCCCUUCAUCGAAGAUUUUCUUUUGAACGUCAACCUGGAAGCACAGAGGAGCUCUACGACUAA